UCGAUACUCUUCCAUUAUCUCUCGAGCUAUAAAAUUUUAUGGAUAUUAUCUGCCUUAAGAAUGAAUUGUCUAUAUUUCGGGAUGUUAAUUCAAAAAAUAAAAGGGAAGAAAUAUUGAAUUAGUAACAAAUGUUGGAUAUACAUUUUAAUUUUCCACUAAGUUAUUAUCAAGAAUAAAAAAAAUUCAAUUAUUAAUUAAAGAUUUAAAUUUUAAAACAUCACUAUUAUAUUUUGAAUUUUAUCAAGAAAAAAAUGGGUGACUGUUGGAGGGCUUCUGGCCAUCGUAUAUUAUAGUUUAUGAUGAUGAAAGCCGAAAGGUACUAUUUGCCUUCUGGUAGUAGAAAUGUUGUGUUGCUGAUGAUGCCUGUUUGAAACUCGAAAGCUCUCCUACUCUUUCAUGGCGACAACAAUAGCUAAAGGCUAAACAUCCUUGCUUAAGGUCAAGAUUACAUCGUACCCUUUUCCUUAAAGAUUCAAAUUUUCCCGAGUGUCCCGCCGUCAAUCGGGCCAAGAACGAGAAUGGUUAUUAGAAAGCCGAAUCCCCGUAUUCCUUCUGCGAAGGGCAAUGGAAGAAAAGCGAAGAGUGAUGGGAUUGAACUGUUGGUCAAGAAUGGCUCUGAACCAGCCGACCAUUGGGAGUUUCUGGAUGAGAUUGAUGCUCCCAUGUGGGUGGAUCUCAGUGUUGAAUCUAAGUCUAUGUACACUGACAAGGAUGAUGAAUGGUUCCACAUGAGCCAUCUGUUUCAUCAAUCGUCUUCCAAAGAAUUGAAAGCUGCAUUUUCUCGCAUUGGGGAGAUCUGUGCAGAAAUGGACUUUGGCGGGCACGAACAAUCUUCCCCGAAGCUUCCACCCUCGGUGGGAAGAUCGAGAGGUAAAGAUUACAGGAGUAGGGAGUGGGGGAAAGGAAACCGCAAGAUUAGCUUGGGUAAGAAGCAUCCGGUUAAGGACUUAAACAGUAAAUCUUCACGGGUGAACUCGGGGUUUACUAAAGCUGUGAAAGAUCGAACAAGCCACGUAAAUGUAAAACACCGUGGGGCUUCAAAAUCUAUUUCUGUUGGCCCGAGCAGCUUGUCUCUAAAUUCUAAACCCCCCUGCUCUCAACCAAUUCCCAGUCGUGGUUCUGUAGCUGCUGAGAGAGGCGAAAGCAGUUUAAGUACCGUUACAUCUGAGGUUAGCGAUCAACGGCAUCAGAAGUCCUCGGUGACAAGUAAUUCAAGCAGCACCGUUACUUAUGAGGAUGUCGAACAACAACAUAAGAACUCUCUGGAGAUGAGAAAUUCAACGUGCACCGUAACAUCUAGACUUACUGAACUGCAACCUCGAAAGUGCACAGACAUAAACAGUCAAGUAUUUGGGCGAACUAGUGAUUUCUUGUCGACUCUAAGGGUUAGUGUUAGGAAAAGUUGUGUUACUAGACAGGCAUUAAGGCUGGUGGUUAAUAGUCCGAGGCAAUCUGAAGGUCGAAAAUCUGCUUCUUCAAGCAAAUCAAGCAUAGAGUCUUCAAAUCCUCACGAGGAUAGAAACCAAUCUACAAGCCAAACUAAAGGCACAACUCCAGAUAGUAGAAAUGUCUUCGGAUUGAAUGACCCCCCAAAAGAAAAGACGAAGCUACCACGAAUGUACAAGGGUCAUCACCGUACUAAUACAACACAACAGAAAGCUUUUGUUCCCAAUCGAGGCAACGGAAAUGUUCCCUCAAAUGAGGUUAGGAAGACUAAAGAGAGCACGGGAACCAAAAUCAAAAGAACUAUGGCCACUGGUAAAGAGAAUGCACCAAGGAUAGUGGUUCCGAAAUCAAGCUCUAGAGAGAGGGCAGCUACAGUCAAAGUGCAGGUUCCUAAAGUUUCAAAGGAAAGAAUCCCGGGAACUAGUUCUUCAACAACGUUGACUGGUGUAAAGGCAAGGGUAGAUAAUAGACGGGAAGUGAAGAAUCCCCGAAAGAUGGCCGAGCAGGUUUUCCUAAGAUGAGAAAGACGGGGGAACUUACCUGCAGUCUAGGCAAGAACUCGGGUUUUUGUUUCACCAAACCCUUAACCUGCCUUGCAAUAGCCACACCCCAUUUUGUUCAUCAUUUGACUCUCUUGUCAAUAUUGUGUUAGUAAGAGCUAACAUUUUGUCAUAUGAUUGAACAUCAGAGCAAUCUUAACUACUUUGCCAUGGAAAUUAUUGCUCAAAUUUCAAGAAUACCUAAGAGCACACCCCAAAAGCCAGAAAAAAAGGGGUCAUUUUGGAA